AUGACCAGUAUAGCUCUAUAUGCAGCUAAACUAUUAAUAAAACGUGCUUUAUCAGAUGAACUAGACGACGAAACACCCGACCUCACUCCAGGAGAUGAUGAACAAUUUGAAGAUACCAAUCCCGUUGAGAAUGAAAUCUUUUCUUCAUGGGCACUAUUUAUAUUAUUAUUAUUAUUAACUAGUGCAUUAUGGUCUUCAUAUUUCUUACAGCAAAGAAGAAUCAAAGCUAUUCAUGAAACGGUAUUAUCCAUCUUUUGUGGGAUGUUUGUUGGAUUGAUUAUUAGAAUGUCUCCUGGUCAUUAUAUCCAAGAUGCGGUGAAAUUUAAUCCCGGAUAUUUCUUUAAUAUUUUAUUACCACCAAUUAUUUUAAAUAGUGGUUAUGAAUUACAUCAAGCGAAUUUCUUUAGGAAUAUUGGAUCAAUUUUAACAUUUGCCAUUCCGGGUACAUUUAUGUCUGCGUUAGUUGUGGGAAUUAUUUUGUAUGUGUGGACAGCAAUUGGAUUUGAUAAUGUGAAAUUAGAAUUUGUUGAUGCAUUAGCUGUAGGAGCAACACUUUCAGCUACUGAUCCAGUUACAAUUUUAUCAAUAUUUAAUGCUUAUAAAGUAGACCCCAAAUUAUAUACGAUUAUUUUUGGAGAAUCAUUAUUAAAUGAUGCAAUUUCCAUUGUUAUGUUUGAAACUUGUCAAAAAUUCCAUGGUCAUCCUGUACAUUUUUCAUCAUUUUUCGAAGGUAUUGGACUUUUCUUAAUGUCAUUUACAAUUUCUACCAUUAUUGGGAUUUUUGUUGGGAUAUUAGUGGCAUUGAUUUUAAAACAUUCUCAUAUUAGAAGAUAUCCCCAAAUUGAAACUUGUUUAGUUUUAUUAUUUGCUUAUGAAUCAUAUUUCUUCUCCAAUGGGGCACAUAUGUCAGGAAUUGUAUCAUUAUUAUUCUGUGGUAUAACAUUAAAACAUUAUGCAUAUUAUAAUAUGUCAAGAAGAACUCAAAUUGCCACAAAAUAUAUCUUUCAAUUAUUAGCUCAAUUAUCAGAAAAUUUCAUUUUUAUUUAUUUGGGAUUAUCUUUAUUUACAGAAGUUGAAUUAGUUUUCAAACCUUUGUUAAUUAUUGUCGCAUUUAUAUCAAUUUGUGUCGCGAGAUGGUCAGCCGUGUUUCCAUUAUCUAGAUUCCUUAACUUUUUAUACCGAGCUCGAUUUGAAAAAUUCAGCGGACAAUCAAUCUCAUCCUCAUCCACCGGCACCACCACCACCGCCACUACUGGACUUCCGGAUGAAAUCUCCCAUUCAUACCAAAUGAUGAUCUUCUGGGCCGGAUUAAGAGGAGCCGUCGGGGUGGCAUUAGCAAUGGGGUUCCAGGGCGAAGCCAAAUGGACCUUGUUAGCCACCGUAUUAGUGGUGGUUGUCCUUACAGUUAUCUUAUUUGGAGGUACCACGGCAUCAAUGUUGGAAAUAUUGGGGAUUAAGAUUGGAUGUGUGGAUGAGACUGGUGAUUCUGAUGAUGAAUUUGAGAUUGAGGCUCCGAGAUUGCCUAUGCAUCAUUUACACGUGAGUCCGGCGCCCAGUGCAGGAGGACCACCGAUGUCGUUUAGGAAGUUUAAUGGAACGAAAGGGAAGGCAAUACAACCAACACAACCUCAAGUACAGGCACAGGGGCAAUAUAAAGAUGAUACACCGACUAUUAGGAAUAGGUCUGAGAGUAGUUUGCUUGAUUUCCUGGUGGGCGCCAGUGGUGAUGACGAUGAUGAUGAGGAAUUUGUGAAUAGUGAUAUUGAUGAUUUGAUGAUGAAUAAUCUACAUAAUAAUGGUACUCAAGCCAGACAACAACAACAUCAACCUGAUGAUAGUCAUCGUGGAGUAUUGGGGGCAUUUUUGAGUGCUGAAGAACACGCGAAAUGGUUUACUAGGUUUGAUGAAGAGGUUUUAAAACCGGUGUUGUUGGAUACUUUGCCAACUGGAAGUAAUAGUAACAAUAGUAAUAAUAGACGACAUGAGGGUAGUGGUGGAAGUGUAGUAUAA